CACCUCCCGGUCAUGUGGUGGGUCCCUCCUUUGCUGAAAAAAGUUUGCAUACAUUUCCCGUGCAAUGGAUGGACAGAGCCCAGCCCGUGCAGUUAAUACUUUAGCACUCAUGAACCCCAGCAUACGCAGCUCCUAGAGUUUGCCCUACUCUUUCCCACCUUCCUGUUUGUGUUCAGGCUGUUUCUCCUUCCCGGGAGCCCUCCCCGACUCCCCUUUCCCCCUACCCCCUUCUUCCUCUUUUAUCCGUAGAAAUCGGUUGACUUGGGUCUUUCCGGAUCACCGGUACUGUCAUUUCAUGCAGGAUCUACAGGAUAAAUGAGUUCAGUCCUGGUGUGCAUCAGGAGGCUACGGAUCUGGCGCCCCAACAGACGGGACACCCCCUAACCCGCUGUGCCCCAUUUGCUAGCCCUUUACCCCGCCCCUCUUCUCCAGCCUCAAGCCUUUUCGUCUGCUCAGGGAUCUUGGGGUGGUUGGAUUCUAUUGAACCCGGAAUAUUGUACAUUCUAUUGUACAAUAGUGUAUAUUCUAUUGUACAAUUUAUAUCAGACAGUUCUCUGUUUUAAGAACCGGGAUCAGACUUCAUAGUGAAAAGGGGCCGAAGGGGCUUCUUCCUGUCCGGUAACUUCCUUCAAGUGUUCCAGCCUCGACCUUCCCUUUCCAUUGUCAACCUUGGGCCACUCCGCACCUCUUCCCUUAAUCUUCACCUAGAGACCUAAGCUGGGGGUUGGGAAGGGUAGGGGCGGCGGGACUUGGAAGAGCCAGUUUGCAGCCAGCCGGUCGCCUCUCGGGUCCAAACUCGAGGCUGGCCCAGGGCGAGUACCCGGGUGGGGCCCCAGACCACAGGAGGGGCCGCCUCCAAAAGAAAAGAGAAAACACUCUUGUUUGGAAACAAAAGUGUGUGUGUGGGGUGUGUGUGUGUGUGUGUGUGUGUGUGUGUGUGUCUGUUUAUUUAAAAACAAAACCACGUUAAAAGAGCUGCCCCUCCCCCACAGGUCCGACCACCCGCCGGGAGUUUGCCAGGAAGAGAGGCAAUUCUGAAUGGGAGUCGCCAACGCCCCACUGAGUGCCGCCUGUCUCGAAGCCGCUCGCCCAGACCCUGUAGGCUCCAGACAGCCAGCUCCGGGAUCCCGCGCGCAGACGCUGCGGCGAAGGAGGGGACCCGGGUACCGCCAGAGCCCCGCAGCGCCAGCAGCGGCGCAGACUCCCCGGUCGCUGCCUCUCCCAGCCCGGCGGCCUGGGCCGUCAAUCAAGCUGGCCCUGCCCCGCCCUCAGGCUGCAGCGGGCGGCCAAUCAGAGCCAAGCUCCGCAGCGAUGAGCUCAGCCGGCUCGUUUCCCAUUGGACGGCUAUAUUAAGAAAGUGGCAGGACUCUUUAAAUAGCGGGCGCUAGGGCCGCAGCCCUCAUCUGCCACCGCAGUCUGGUUGGAGUUGUUUUCUUAUAUGCUUAGCGAGGCCAGGAGAGACCCGGGAGGGAGCUAGGCCGAGUCCACCACCCGAGUCCGCCGCCCGAGCCCGCGUUACGCACAAAGCCGCCGAUCCCCGGCCUGGGGUGAGCAGAGCGACCACCGCUCGGGAGCAGCGCGGCGAGACGCACGGUGCGCCCUAUGCCCCCGCGCCCCCACCGCCCCCGCCGCGGCAGCCCAAGUGCAGCGAAAGAACGCGCCACCGCGGGGCCCGGGUGCAGCUAGCGAUCUUCUCGCCCCCCGCGCGCAGCCCGAGGUGAGCAGUGAGCGGCGAGCGGGAGGGCAGCGAGGCGUUCGCGGGCCCCCUCCUGCUGCCCGGGCCCGGCCCACUCAUGGCGGCCAUCCGCAAGAAGCUGGUGGUGGUGGGCGACGGCGCGUGUGGCAAGACGUGCCUGCUGAUCGUGUUCAGUAAGGACGAGUUCCCGGAGGUGUACGUGCCCACCGUCUUCGAGAACUAUGUGGCCGACAUCGAGGUGGACGGCAAGCAGGUGGAGCUGGCGCUGUGGGACACCGCGGGCCAGGAGGACUACGACCGCCUGCGGCCGCUCUCCUACCCGGACACCGACGUCAUCCUCAUGUGUUUCUCGGUGGACAGCCCGGACUCGCUGGAGAACAUCCCCGAGAAGUGGGUCCCCGAGGUGAAGCACUUCUGUCCCAACGUGCCCAUCAUCCUGGUGGCCAACAAAAAAGACCUGCGCAGCGACGAGCAUGUCCGCACAGAGCUGGCCCGCAUGAAGCAGGAACCCGUGCGCACGGAUGACGGCCGCGCCAUGGCCGUGCGCAUCCAAGCCUACGACUACCUCGAGUGCUCGGCCAAGACCAAGGAAGGCGUGCGCGAGGUCUUCGAGACGGCCACGCGCGCCGCGCUGCAGAAGCGCUACGGCUCCCAGAACGGCUGCAUCAACUGCUGCAAGGUGCUAUGAGGGCCGCGCCCGUCGCGCCUGCCCCUGCCGGCGCGGCUCCCCCUCCUGGACCAGUCCCCCACGAGCCCGGAGAAGGGGAAACCCGUGUCCCACAAGGACCCCACCGGCCUGCCUGGCAUCUGUCUGCUGACGCCUCUGGCUCGCGCCAGGAGUUGGCGUGGGCACCCGGCGCCCCUUCCCAGUGUCUGUGUGCGUCCAGCUGUGUUGCACAGGCCUAGGCUCCCCACUGAGUGCCAAGGGUCCCCUGAGCAUGCUUUUCUGAAGAGCCGGGCCUCAGAGUGUGUGGCUGUGUGUCUGUUCGACUCCCCUCGCCCCAUUUUCACCCCACCCCCGUCUCUGAUCCCCGGGGGCGAGAUUGGCGCGGGAGUGUGGCCGCGCCCCAUCAGAUGUUCGCCCUUCACCAGCGGGAGCCUGAUAUCCCUUGUCUGUAACAUAGACCCCGGGUACUGCGGGAGGGGAGGGCUGGGGAGGAUGGGGGGAUGUUAUAUAAAUAUAGAUAUAAUUUUAUUUUCGGAGCUAAGAUGGUGUUAUUUAAUGGUGGUGGUGGGUGAGCGCUCUGGCCCAGGCUGGGCCAGACUCCCGUCCAAGCAUGAACAGGACUUGGCCAUCUUUCCGACCCCUGGGGAAGACAUUUGCAACUGACUUGGGGAGGACACAGCUUCAGCACAGCCUCUCCUGCGGGCCAGCCCCCUGCGAACCCUCCACCAGCCACCGGAGAGAGGAGGGAGGGUGCGCUGUGGGGUUGUUUUUGCCAUAAGCGAACUUUGUGCCUGUCCUACAAGUGAAAAUUGUUCAGUCCAAGAAACUGAUAUUAUUUGAUUUAUUUAAAGGCUAAAAUUUGUUUAAUUCUUUGCACAAUUGUUUCAUUGUUUGACACUUAAUGCACUCGUCAUUUGCAUACGACAGUAGCAUUCUGACCACACUUGUACGCUGUAACCUCAUCUACUUCUGAUGUUUUUUAAAAAUGACUUCUAACAAGGAGAGGGAAAAGAAACCCACUAAAUUUUGCUUUGUUUUCUUGAAGAAAGUGGCAACACUGUUUUGUAAUUUUAUUUGUGUAGGUCAUGCACACAGUUUUGAUAAAGGGCAGUAACAAGUAUUGGGGCCUAUUUUUUUUUUCACAAGGCAUUCUCUAAAGCUAUGUGAAAUUUUCUCUGCACCUCUGUACAGAGAAUACACCUGCCCCUGUAUAUCCUUUCUUCCCCUCCCCUCCCUCCCAGUGGUACUUCUACUAAAUUGUUGUCUUGUUUUUUAUUUUUUAAAUAAACUGACAAAUGACAAAAUGGUGAGCUUAUGAUGUUUACAUAAAAGUUCUAUAAGCUGUGUAUACAGUUUUUUAUGUAAAAUAUUAAAAGACUAUGAUGAUGACAUUUAUAAAA